CGAGGAAGGUAGUUGCCUAUUGCCGACUACCAGUCGUCAGCGUGGUCGCAUGAGAAACGCCAAGUGAGAGCGGAGAAACAGUGCAAGGAGCAAGUAAAGCGCGAACGGGUGUGCGAGAGCGAUCGAGUGCGGAAAAGGAGGAAACUUAAAGAGAACUAUGGCCGUAUCAGCGACUCCCCCGGUGCUUUCACCGACCUCGACUCCGGGUGCGGGCAGCUUGUUUCGUCCUGACCCCCUGUACUCCAGCCCGGCCGAGUCCCCGCGCCUGACAAGCAGCCUGAUCAACUCUUUCAUCAGCAGUGGAGGCGGCGGCGGCGGCGGCGGUGGCACCACCAGCAAUAACGAGUGCAAAAUGGUGGAGGUCCACGGGGUCAAAGUAGCCUCUUUCACCGUGGACGGCCAGGAGCUGAUCUGCUUGCCGCAGGUUUUUGAUCUCUUUCUUAAACAUCUGGUCGGGGGACUGCACACCGUCUACACUAAACUGAAGCGGCUGGAUAUAUCCCCUGUUGUAUGCACGGUGGAGCAGGUCCGGAUCCUGCGGGGACUCGGGGCGAUUCAGCCCGGCGUCAAUCGCUGCAAGCUCAUCAGCCGAAAGGACUUCGAGGCGCUUUACAACGACUGCACAAAUGCAAGCUCUCGCCCGGGCCGCCCCCCGAAGCGCUCCCUGGGCGUAACCAUGCAGGACAGCUCCAGGCUGCUCCCCCACAGUGUCCACGGGCUCCUCUCCCCCAGCCUGCUGUCCCCUACAGGUCUGACGGCAGCGGCCAUGGCGGAGGCCAUGAAGCUCCAGAAGAUGAAGCUGAUGGCUAUGAACAACAUCCAUGGAGCAGGCAGCCAGAAUGGCACUGAGUCUGAGAAUGAAGAGCUCAACUCCAACACAGGUGGCAGUGAGUCGUCCUGGGACAAGGAGAAGCUGCAGUCGCCACCCUCCUCGGGGGGCCAGCAUGGCCUGGGCCCCGGCCCCCUGUCAGCCCAACACGGCCUGGCCGGCUCCCACCUAGCGUCCCUCCAGCAGAGCCACCUCCUGGCCAACCGUCUGGACCUGCCCUUCAUGAUGAUGCCCCAUCCCCUGCUGCCCGUCAGUCUGCCGCCUGCCUCCGUCGCCAUGGCAAUGAACCAGAUGAACCACCUGAACACCAUUGCCAACAUGGCUGCCGCCGCACAGAUGCACAGCCCCCUCUCUAGAGCAGGAGCGUCCGUCAUCAAGGAGUGUGUGCAGGGCAGUCCAUCUCCAGCUCCAUCUCUGGAAGAAGCGCCACGCCCAGGCUCACAGCCCUCUUCUCACGCCAGCACCAGUGUGUCCAGCUCACCGAAUCCACACCCACAGAGCCCCGAGCGCCUGGUGCUGAAUCCAACUGAUGGUGAGCUUGGAGACCGAGAGACUGGCAUCAACAUGAAGAAGAUAAUGAAAGAGAAAGACGAGGCUCAGCUAGCCUUACCCAUGCUAAAGCCGGGUUUCGAGAAGCUUCCUCUAGGCACCCAGACUCUUCCUCCUGGUUUCCCUGCACCCUUCCUCUUCGCAGACAGCCUUUCCUCUGUGGAGACACUGCUCACUAACAUCCAGGGCCUGCUGAAGGUUGCCGUGGACAACGCCCGCGUGCAGGAGAAACAGGUGCAGCAGGAGAGGAAAGAGCUGAAGCUGGAGCUGUACAGAGAGCGGGAGAUGAGGGAGAGCCUGGAGAGGCAGCUUACCUCCGAACUGCACAGCCGAGCUACCAUCCAGAAGCGUCUGAAGAAGGAGAAGAAGGCAAAGCGGAAACUGCAGGAGGCUCUGGAGUUCGAGUCGAAGAGGAGAGAGCAGGUGGAGCAGGCCCUCAAACAGGCCACCUCCCCCGAGAGCCUCCGCAUGAGUCUCAAUGAAGCAGUGAUACCUGAAGCGGAGCCUGAGCAUAACAGCAAUCAGCAGGAGAACUCAUCCGUACAAGAGAACAGACCCUACUCCAAACCUCCCAUCCUGUACUGAGAUGGACCGGCAGCCCUUGUUGGCCCCCUUCCCCACCAGUAGAUGGCGCUGCUUCAUGCCGCUAUGGACUCUUUGCCUGGAGUGGUGUGGAGAGGGGGUGUGGGGUUUGUAUGUGAAGCGCUCAGGGUGAUUAUGACCAAUCACCCUAAACUCCUGUACAGGACUCAAGAGUGUGUGCGUGUGUGUGCGUGCGUGCGUGUGUGUGUGUGUGUGUGUGUGAGAACUCGCGCCAAGAUUGAGUUUUGAUGCGGUCCUCGUGAGAAAUCUCUAUCCUGAGUACCGUUUGUUGGCAGCCGCCCACCACACCACAACAACUUGUAAAAAAAAACAAAAAAACAAAAAACAAACACAAAAAAAAAUCUCUUUCCCUCUGUUUUUCAAUUCCUCUUACAUCCUAACCUUUUUUGAGACUAAAAUGAAGUGGUUUGGCUUUUUUUUCUGGGUGAACACACACUGUUGGGUCAGUCCUCCAUCUUCUUGCAAAGCACACACCGGCGUCCUCCCUGUGUUCACCGUUUCUCCCUUCUCCCACCGUCAGCCUUGCUAUUAUCAUUAUUAAUUAUAUUAUUAUUGUUAUUAUUAUUGCUUUCAUUUGACCCCAUGUGCAGCAGUGAUUCUGUACAGCACAAAGCUCUUGACGAGUCUCUAAAGGACAAAUGUCCACAAAAAGCUUGAAAAGACUAAAGGAACUGAGACCGCUGAACAUGGACACCUUAAUGACUCCAGUCAGGACCAGCAAGCUUCUCCUAUGGACAGUGUCUGUAGACGAGGCUUCGUCUUUGCCAGACACGGGACUUCUCCUUUUUUUAAAAAGAAUCUGUUGUAUUUUUUAGGAAAUGUAGUAAUGUCAUCUUUUCCUUCUUGGAGUGUUUAUUAUUCUAUUGUUUCAUUUUGCUGUUUGUUUCUUGACCGUAUUUUAAUCAGCAUUUCGAGCGGAUGUUCGAGAAGUGAUAUUGAAACAUAUUCUUUGUACAUCUGACUUCGCCCCUCUGACAAUGGUCUUUGUAUCACUCCUUGACAAGUUAAAACGUUUUUAAAAAAAGGUGUUAAGUUGUUGUUGCUAUAAAUACAGUAUUACUGUAACUCGCCCCCUUUCUGUUUUUACCUUUGUUUAUAAAGACUUGUAAAAAUGCUUUAGCAUUUGCUACUCUAAUGUCGUUAUAAAGUGGAUACAUUUUUAGUGGCAAAGGGAAAGAAAACAGACAUAGAAAAUAAAGUACCCUGACGCACCUCCGAUGCAAGCAUGCUUGUAGAUACAACACUGAAGACAAGUGAUACUGUCUCAACACGAAAGAGCUGCCUCUUCUAAUCUAUUUUUUAACGUUUCUGGGAAUUCCAUUGGAGACAUGAUCACAAUCUGGCAGCUAUCGAUGAUGGUUGACCUUGUUUUAAAAUGAUGACAUAACCAUAAAUCACAGCCUUGCACAUGACACAGCAAAUAAAACAUCUCUAUGGACGUCAUCCUGGUAGAUUAUGUUUGGGUUUUUUGGGAGUAAUAAAUAUGAGCUUGAAAACA